CUGCCUUUGACAAUACCGGUCUGACGUUUAUUAUUAAGUGAUUGUUAUUUGGACGAAAUCGAAAUCAGUUGAAUUCUGUAAAAAAUGGAGGAUGUUCUGACAGAAAUUGUGUCUUCAGAGGACUUAAAGAAAUUCGAGAAGAUCUAUCAUGAUCAGCUGUACGAGAACAAUGUGACACCAAAGGCUCAGUUCGAGUACGCCUGGUGUCUGGUCAGAAGCAGAUACAAUGCUGACAUCAAGAAGGGUAUCAUCUUAUUGGAAGAGCUGUACAGAUCACAUGAAGAAGGUCAGCGUGACUACUUGUAUUACCUAUCGAUUGGUAAUGCCAGAUUGAAAGACUACAGGACUGCACUGAGGUUCAUCUCCUCGUUUCUGUCAAUUGAGCCUGGCAAUCAGCAGGUCUUGUCUUUGGAAACAGCAGUUAAGAAGAAAAUGGAGAAAGAGGGUUACAAGGGUAUGGCCAUCACCAGUGGAGCUGUUCUUGCAGUUGGAGCAAUUGUGGGACUUGUGCUGGCUGCAAGGAAAUGAUCCACAAUCAAGUUGUAACAUAGCUUCUCCUAUUUUUUUUUCUUCAAGAUUUUCAUAAUAUUAUUAAAUGUAAUAUACAAAGAUCUAUACGGAUGGAAAUCUUGUAAUGAAUGUUGAUAAAGACAUAUGAGAGUCACAUA